UUUUGCUAUGGCGUUGUCAGUGUCUCUUCCACUUAUUAGUAUGCGCUUUGAAUGUCCCCUUGGUAUCUUGUGUUUUGCUAUGGCGUUGUCAGUGUCUCUUCCACUUAUUAGUAUGCGCUUUGAAUGUCCCCUUGGUAUCUUGUGUUUUGCUAUGGCGUUGUCAGUGUCUCUUCCACUAUUAGUAUGCGCUAUGAUUGUCCCCUUGGUAUCUUGUGUUUUGCUAUGGCGUUGUCAGUGUAUCUUCCACUUAUUAGUAUGCGCUAUGAUUGUCCCCUUGGUAUCUUGUGUUUUGCUAUGGCGUUGUUAGUGUAUCUUCCACUUAUUAGUAUGCGCUUUGAAUGUCCCCUUGGUAUCUUGUGUUCUGCUAUGGCGUUGUCAGUGUCUCUUCCACUUAUUAGUAUGCGCUUUGAUUGUCCCCUUGGUAUCUUGUGUUUUGCUAUGGCGUUGUUAGUGUCUCUUCCACUUAUUAGUAUGCGCUUUGAUUGUCCCCUUGGUAUCUUGUGUUUUGCUAUGGCGUUGUCUCUUCCACUUAUUAGUAUGCACUAUGAAUGUCCCCUUGGUAUCUUGUGUUUUGCUAUGGCGUUGUCUCUUCCACUUAUUAGUAUGCGCUUUGAUUGUCCCCUUGGUAUCUUGUGUUUUGCUAUGGCGUUGUCAGUGUCUCUUCCACUUAUUAGUAUGCUCUUUGAUUGUCCCCUUGGUAUCUUGUGUUUUGCUAUGGCGUUGUCAGUGUCUCUUCCACUUAUUAGUAUGCGCUUUGAUUGUCCCCUUGGUAUCUUGUGUUUUGCUAUGGCGUUGUCAGUGUCUCUUCCACUUAUUAGUAUGCGCUUUGAUUGUCCCCUUGGUGUCUUGUGUUUUGCUAUGGCGUUGUCAGUGUCUCUUCCACUUAUUAGUAUGCGCUUUGAUUGUCCCCUUGGUGUCUUGUGUUUUGCUAUGGCGUUGUCAGUGUCUCAUCCACUUAUUAGUAUGCGCUUUGAUUGUCCCCUUGGUAUCUUGUGUUUUGCUAUGGCGUUGUCAGUGUCUCAUCCACUUAUUAGUAUGCGCUUUGAUUGUCCCCUUGGUAUCUUGUGUUUUGCUAUGGCGUUGUCAGUGUCUCUUCCAUUUAUUAGUAUGCACUUUGAUUGUCUUCUUGGUAUCUUGUGUUUUGCUAUGGCGUUGUCAGUGUCUCUGCCACUUAUUAGUAUGCGCUUUGAUUGUCCUCUUGGUAUCUUGUGUUUUGCUAUGGCGUUGUCAGUGUCUCUUCCACUUAUUAGUAUGCGCUUUGAUUGUCCCCUUGGUGUCUUGUGUUCUGCUAUGGCGUUGUCAGUGUCUCUGCCACUUAUUAGUAUGCGCUUUGAAUGUCCCCUUGGUAUCUUGUGUUUUGCUAUGGCGUUGUCAGUGUCUCUUCCACUUAUUAGUAUGCGCUUUGAUUGUCCCCUUGGUAUCUUGUGUUUUGCUAUGGCGUUGUCAGUGUCUCUGCCACUUAUUAGUAUGCGCUUUGAUUGUCCCCUUGGUAUCUUGUGUUUUGCUAAGGCGUUGUCAGUGUCUCUGCCACUUAUUAGUAUGCCCUUUGAUUGUCCCCUUGGUAUCUUGUGUUUUUUGUCAGUGUCUCUUCCACUUAUUAGUAUGCGCUUUGAUUGUCCCCUUGGUAUCUUGUGUUUUGCUAUGGCGUUGUCAGUGUCUCUUCCACUUAUUAGUAUGCGCUUUGAAUGUCCCCUUGGUAUCUUGUGUUUUGCUAUGGCGUUGUCAGUGUCUCUUCCACUUAUUAGUAUGCGCUUUGAAUGUCCCCUUGGUAUCUUGUGUUUUGCUAUGGCGUUGUCAGUGUCUCUUCCACUUAUUAGUAUGCGCUUUGAAUGUCCCCUUGGUAUCUUGUGUUCUGCUAUGGCGUUGUCAGUGUCUCUUCCACUUAUUAGUAUGCGCUUUGAUUGUCCCCUUGGUGUCUUGUGUUUUGCUAUGGCGUUGUCAGUGUCUCAUCCACUUAUUAGUAUGCGCUUUGAUUGUCCCCUUGGUAUCUUGUGUUUUGCUAUGGCGUUGUCAGUGUCUCAUCCACUUAUUAGUAUGCGCUUUGAUUGUCCCCUUGGUAUCUUGUGUUUUGCUAUGGCGUUGUCAGUGUCUCUUCCAUUUAUUAGUAUGCACUUUGAUUGUCUUCUUGGUAUCUUGUGUUUUGCUAUGGCGUUGUCAGUGUCUCUGCCACUUAUUAGUAUGCGCUUUGAUUGUCCUCUUGGUAUCUUGUGUUUUGCUAUGGCGUUGUCAGUGUCUCUUCCACUUAUUAGUAUGCGCUUUGAUUGUCCCCUUGGUGUCUUGUGUUCUGCUAUGGCGUUGUCAGUGUCUCUGCCACUUAUUAGUAUGCGCUUUGAAUGUCCCCUUGGUAUCUUGUGUUUUGCUAUGGCGUUGUCAGUGUCUCUUCCACUUAUUAGUAUGCGCUUUGAUUGUCCCCUUGGUAUCUUGUGUUUUGCUAUGGCGUUGUCAGUGUCUCUGCCACUUAUUAGUAUGCGCUUUGAUUGUCCCCUUGGUAUCUUGUGUUUUGCUAAGGCGUUGUCAGUGUCUCUGCCACUUAUUAGUAUGCCCUUUGAUUGUCCCCUUGGUAUCUUGUGUUUUUUGUCAGUGUCUCUUCCACUUAUUAGUAUGCGCUUUGAUUGUCCCCUUGGUAUCUUGUGUUUUGCUAUGGCGUUGUCAGUGUCUCUUCCACUUAUUAGUAUGCGCUUUGAAUGUCCCCUUGGUAUCUUGUGUUUUGCUAUGGCGUUGUCAGUGUCUCUUCCACUUAUUAGUAUGCGCUUUGAAUGUCCCCUUGGUAUCUUGUGUUUUGCUAUGGCGUUGUCAGUGUCUCUUCCACUUAUUAGUAUGCGCUUUGAAUGUCCCCUUGGUAUCUUGUGUUCUGCUAUGGCGUUGUCAGUGUCUCUUCCACUUAUUAGUAUGCGCUUUGAUUGUCCCCUUGGUAUCUUGUGUUUUGCUAUGGCGUUGUUAGUGUCUCUUCCACUUAUUAGUAUGCGCUUUGAUUGUCCCCUUGGUAUCUUGUGUUUUGCUAUAGCGUUGUCAGUGUCUCUUCCACUUAUUAGUAUGCGCUUUGAUUGUCCCUUUGGUGUCUUGUGUUUUGCUAUGGCGUUGUCAGUGUCUCUUCCACUUAUUAGUAUGCGCUUUGAUUGUCCCCUUGGUGUCUUGUGUUUUGCUAUGGCGUUGUCAGUGUCUCUUCCACUUAUUAGUAUGCGCUUUGAUUGUCCCCUUGGUAUCUUGUGUUUUGCUAUGGCGUUGUCAGUGUCUCUUCCACUUAUUAGUAUGCGCUUUGAUUGUCCCCUUGGUGUCUUGUGUUUUGCUAUGGCGUUGUCAGUGUCUCUUCCACUUAUUAGUAUGCGCUUUGAUUGUCCCCUUGGUAUCUUGUGUUUUGCUAUGGCGUUGUUAGUGUCUCUUCCACUUAUUAGUAUGCGCUUUGAUUGUCCCCUUGGUAUCUUGUGUUUUGCUAUGGCGUUGUCUCUUCCACUUAUUAGUAUGCGCUAUGAAUGUCCCCUUGGUAUCUUGUGUUUUGCUAUGGCGUUGUCUCUUCCACUUAUUAGUAUGCGCUUUGAUUGUUUCCUUGGUAUCUUGUGUUUUGCUAUGGCAUUGUCAGUGUCUCUUCCACUUAUUAGUAUGCUCUUUGAUUGUCCCCUUGGUAUCUUGUGUUUUGCUAUGGCGUUGUCAGUGUCUCUUCCACUUAUUAGUAUGCGCUUUGAUUGUCCCCUUGGUGUCUUGUGUUUUGCUAUGGCGUUGUCAGUGUCUCUUCCACUUAUUAGUAUGUGCUUUGAUUGUCCCCUUGGUGUCUUGUGUUUUGCUAUGGCGUUGUCAGUGUCUCUUCCACUUAUUAGUAUGCGCUUUGAUUGUCCCCUUGGUAUCUUGUGUUUUGCUAUGGCGUUGUCAGUGUCUCUUCCACUUAUUAGUAUGCUCUUUGAUUGUCCCCUUGGUAUCUUGUGUUUUGCUAUGGCGUUGUCAGUGUCUCUUCCACUUAUUAGUAUGCGCUUUGAUUGUCCCCUUGGUAUCUUGUGUUUUGCUAUAGCAUUGUCAGUGUCUCUGCCACUUA